AAAUCCCCCGUCAAACACCAAGAUCCCUCGUCAGUUGAAAUCCAUCCGUCAAUAACCAUCUCGCGUUCUUUUCAAGUUUGGUCCAAGUAGCUGCGAACAUCAACCAUGCAAGGAGACAACUGGAGACAAAGGAAACCUGCUGCUUGUUUCAACCGGCCUUUAUCACCAAUCUCCCGCUCGACGGACGAGACGAGCAAGUAUCCGAUGCUCAUGAUUCACGACCUUCUAAGUGCCCAGUUAUGGCAAACGAGAUACAGAAGAUCUCCCUCAAUUGCGGAAGUGGGACUCACCAGGACAGACUUUAGGCCUUCUUUCAUCUCCAGAUCCGGCUGCCAAACGCCAUCUCUGAAGUUUUGGCGAUGAUCCCACACACACGGAAUUACCAAUCCACGACAUCCCUAGUCCUACCAUCAGAAAUCUUUGGCUCGCGGCUUGAAACACUCGUGUUGACGCUCGUGGCAUGGAAUCUUCUCAUGGAAGACAAGCCAGGUGGCCGGCACUCUGCAACGACCCGGUUGAAACAUGGCAUGGAUGGUGGUCUUGAUCCUCGAUGCAAACGCUUGAGAUGAAUUGGAGUACCUUUCCCGGCAAGACUGACUGGAUAUUCACGGAAGUUGACACGGCGGCCGCCAGGGAAGCCUAGGUGUACCUCGGGUUAGGUGAACUGCCGUUACUCGCCCGCAGUGGGUGAAAAGCAAAGUCACUUGGACCCCUAUGACCGAGAUGGGCCCUGUUCCUUUUCUUUUGGAAUCAAGGAUUGCCCGUUUGCACUCGACUCUUUUCAAUGAACCGUACCGCCGGAUGUCAUCUCAUCCACGGGUGACCACGGCUCCUCGCAGAAAAGUGUCCUCAAUACGGAAUGAUGAUCGGAAAGUCCACACUCAGGAAGAAGGACCGGAUCGUCGCCUCUUUCGCCUCUUGCUUCGAUCAAAGUGGGGUCUAUGCCUAGUGAGAGCGUCCAUGGUUGAAGGCACACGAGAAACGAUGGAAAGUCAACAAAAAGUGCUAUACGCACAGUCUCCAAGAAGUCGAUUCUCCUAAGAGGUUUUAUGGUCCGGAAGGUGUUGGUGUCUGUCGUUUAUAUCUCGUGGUUAAUCUCGGGUUCUUUUCAUCCUCUCAUCAAGACGAAAACCCGAAUACUCCGUUUUCAAAGACCCUUCACGCACUUCAGUCCGAUAACUAUCAUGCGGCACUCUAGGAGAGGCACACUUGACUCCAUUCCAUGUUCACCAUAUGGUGAUGUUAACUCGGACUUUGAAAGGCGCGGCAGUGAUCAGUCAAGCACUUCAAUGGUGCUGCCCUACAAAUCCAACACCACGGCAACCUUGACCCAUCCGACGGCACUAUCACCACCACCUGCACCGGCAAGUCCAAAGCUGAAGCUUGAGAAAACUCAUAUGCGACUACGAAGCGACUCGGCCCUCUCGAUGCAUACCAGCAAGUCCUCGUUCCGUCAAUACCCAAACAGCAGGCCGGAAAGUCCGAUGACUUCACCUUGGUACUGGAAGAAGCAGAGGGAUGUUGAUGCCGUAAGCACCAUCGAUACCAUCUCCUUGGGGGGCACGACGAGUGUGGCCUCGAGUGAAUACGCACAAUAUGUUGGCUCACUUCCCAAUCUGUUUGAUCGUACGGUGAUCAAAAUCGCCUUUUCGGACCCGGAGGUAGGAAGAAAGUUGCGCGACUUUGCCAAACCCAGGAACUACUCUGUGGACGUGGGACUUAUGUUAGAGGCGGAGCAGUACACAGGCGCACUUGACACCCUGAGAAGCCUGAUCAAUCAUAUCACAACUUACUUGGAAGCUCCGGCAAGAUCUUCCAUAGAACCUGCUUACACAUAUCCACUUGCUUUCAAGACAAAUACUAAGCAGUGCGCUCGGUCUGCAUUGCCGUCGCUCGAAAGAUUGUACCGAGAAGCCAAGUUCGCAGCUGAAGAACGGCUCAUCAAUGACCUCUAUCCUGAGUUUGUCAAGUCUCAGCUCGCCAACCGUCUCAAAACUUGUUUAUCCGUCACUCAGCCCUCUUCCUCCAGCCCAUUUAAGUCCACGUACCCUGGCCUUGGCAAUGCCUUCUGUCUUACCGACUCUUGGAAGCCAGAUAACCCCAUAGUCUAUGCCUCUGAAGGGUUCCUGAGAAUGUUUGGCUUUGAGAGACACGAGAUUCUCCAACAGAAUUGCAGGUGUAUGCAGGGCAACUCCACCAACGGCGACGCAGUACGUCGAAUGCGGAAUGCGAUCUUCAUGGGACGAGAACACACUGAGAUAAUUGUCAACUAUCGCAAAGAUGAAACCCCGUUCUGGAAUUUCUUGUUCAUCUGUCCUCUAGUUGAAGACGGCAUCGUGCGCUACUGUCUCGGUGGUCAGAUCAACAUAUCGAAGGGCAUGGGCACAAGUCACCAGGAGAUCAUGGACCUUCUCAACUUUGAUACACCCACAGAGGAGAACUCUUUACCCAGCACACCCACAGAAUCUUACGUUGGAUCAGCUCAGCGACCUGCCAAACACAUCCAAGACUCGUGUCCCCCGGACGAGAACCCACCGGUCACACCUCGACGAUCACACCGACAGCGCCUUUUUGAUCGCUUCCGUCCCAGAAAGAACGUGCUUGACACCAGCCAUGAAGAGCGCCAGCCAGAUGACCCGACCAUUCUCACGAAUGCCAGGAAGUCACCAUCGCCCUCGCCCACGGAUGGCUACAUGGAAAACUGGGGGAACUCGAAUCCUUUCCACGACCAUUACCAAGUUGAACCCCAACCACCCAAACCCACACCAAUAAGCACACCUUACUCAUGCUUCUUCGUGAUGCGCUACGUCCCUUCGCCCUCAACCUCCUUUCACAUCUUUCCCCAUCAGACCAACGACAAGCGCCACUCCCGAUUGCCACACCUCCCAGUCGCCUUCUGCUCCACCGAAGCCCUUGGCUUCCUCGGCCUAAGGGGCCACGAUUCGUCCAUCGUCCAAUCCAGGUCCAUCUUCUCGCUCCUUGUAUGUGCCACGAGCUCGACCGACUUGAUAGAAAAGACCUUCCGGUCUACCGUCCUCGAAAGCAUGGCGGCGGGCGAGUCCAUCUCACUUGAGAUAUCAACGCUUGCUCAUGAUCCCGCCCCAUCCACUACUACCCCUUCCCCUUCAAGAGAUACCAAAACUGCAGACAAACCCCCCUCCCUCUUCUCCUCAGCCCGUGCGCGCAGCCGUAGUAACGUCGGCCGUGAAGGAAGGACAGCAGCAACCAGAGACGGGGCCUUGUCAGCAGCAAGCUCGGAUUAUCGGCCGUCUAGCUCUAGGGUGUUCAGUGACAAGUUGAAGGAGCACGGGGCCGUCGAGAGACUCGGGAACAUGUUUGCCUUUCGAGGACUCGGUGGAGGCGGUGGCGGAGGUAAAGAUGCUGCAUCAGUAUCGAAAGUGGAAGAACAGGGGGGCAAGGGACACCCGGGACAGGGACAGGAACAGCAGACGAAGGGCAGGAGGUUGGUUAGUCACUGGACGGCUUUGAAGGAUGGCGAGGGAAAGGUGGCUUGGGUGGUGCUAAUUUUGACGCCUGCUACUGCUGCCGCUGCGUCUUCUGCUUGAGCAUUCGACGCAUUUCAUGGUAUUGUUGCUUUCAUUCACAUCACACAGCACUGUCAUCUCGGCGGGUCGGCAAGUAACGGAUGACAGCUCGGCAGGGGAACCGUCAGGGGAAGCGGUCAAGACUCGAAUGAGGGUAGGUCUGGCAGGUCUGGCGCGAUGAUGCAGACUUUGAUAAGUUGCAGCGAUGUACGUGUGUAAAUGUAUGUGCAGGUAGGCAGAUUGAAGCAACUUGGGUUAGUUUAGUGGAGGUGCAUUUGGGAAUUCUCCCGUGAGUUAAAUACAUUCCCACUUGUUUCCCCGAAACAGGGCCAAGGUUGAAAUCGUCGGGAAUGGAAGAGGGAUGAACAGAGGAUCGAUCGCCGUC